AGCAAGGCCAGGGGUCAAACCCGCAAUCUCGUGGUUCCUAGUCGGAUUUGUUAACCCACUGAGCCACGACAGAAACUCCUCUGGUCAUUUUUUGAGCCUUGCUUUCCAUAAAAUGAGGAAGCUAACUGUUGUAAUAGACAUGUUCUCUGUAAAGAUUUGUAUGUAAACGUAAUCUGAGAAUGGCAUUUGUAUUUUUAAAAGUGUGGUCUUAAAUCCGUUCAAGGUAAAAGAUUUCGGAAGUAUUUUGGUCAGAAUGAGAAUUCAGAAUGGGAGAAUUAUUUGGGGGCAUCAUUUUUUUUCUCAUUAGUAAACUCUCUUCAUAGUCUUUUGCCCUAGUUUUCUGUUUCUUUUCACAGACAUUCAUAUGCUUUCCCAUUACCCUUAUUCCCUGAUACUAACCUUCCAUUUUGGCUUAAUAUACUACUGAUUUUUCUCAUGAAUAUAUAUAUAUUUUUUUGCAGCUACCCUCUUAAUUCCCUUUUUAAUUCAAGUUGACACUACUGCAUACCUACCCUUUCUCUUAUAAAAGCUUUUGAUUUUUGUUGUACCUUGCUUCCUUUAUUGCUAGAAUUCAUGCCUCUUGGCAAAGAGUCUAAAGAAAGAGGUAGAAGGGGGUACAUAAAGACUAGAACAUUGUACUCAAACUUUAUUGUGCGUCUUAAUUACCUGGGUGUCUUGUUAAAAAGCAGGUUCUGAUCUGAAGUUACAGGGUAGUACUAAAAUUUUGCAGUUCUCGCAUGUUCCCACGUGAUGCUAAUGCUACAGAUGCUGGUUUAAGGACCACAGUUUGAAUUAGUGCUGCUGUGGAAGGUCUAAGCCAGAAAGUAGUUAGAAAAAAAUAUAUAUCACCUUAAAGGAAACUCAUUCUUUUCUUUUUUCUUUCUUUCUUUUUUUUUUUUUUGGCUGUACCUGUGGCAUGUGGAAGUUGCUGGGCCAGGAACAGACCUGAGCUGCAGCAACCUGCUGCACCAUCAAGGAACUCAAAAGGAGACUCACUCUUAAAUGAUGAUGUUAUUAUAUAUAAAAGCCCCCUUUUCCUUUUGGCUGUGUGAGGACAUAGUGAAAAGACAGCCUUCUGUGAACCAGGAAGCGGGCCCUCACCAGAUGUCUUGAUCUCGGACUUCUUAUCUUCUAGAACUUUAAGAAAUAAAUUACUUUGUUUACAGGCCACGUCAUCUAAGUUAUUACUGUCACAACAGCCUGAACAGUAAGACAGUAGUUUUGAGUAAGAAGAGAUGGAGAAGAUACAGACAUCUUAAUAGAAUACCUUAUUUGUUCUUUAGAUCGCUAGAAUCCUCUUACGACUUUUUGAAAAUUUUGGUAAGAUACACAUAACCACUUACUGGUUUAACCAUUUAAAAAAGUGUUCAAUUCUGGAGUUACUGUUGUGGCUCAGCAGUAAGGAACUCGACUAGUAUCCAUGAGGAUGCGGGUUUGAUCCCUGGCCCUGCUCAGUGGGUUAAGGAUCUAGCGUUGCUGUGAGCUGUGGUGUAGGUUGCAGAUUUGGAUCGGACGCCUCGUUACUGUGGCUGUGGUGUAGGCCGGCAGGUACAGCUCCAAUGCGGCCCUAGCCUGGGAUCUUCCAUUUGCUGUGGGUGUGGCACUUAAAAAAAAAUGUUCAAUUCUGUGGCAUUAAGUAUGUUCACAUUUUUCAUGAUUUUUUAAAAUAGUUUUUUUAAUAGCAGUUUUAAGUUUGCAGCAAAAUUGAGCAGAAGGUAGACUUCCCUCAUACCCCCUCACUCUACAUAUGUAUGCCUACCUCCAGUAUCAACAUUCUGCACCCUAGUGGUACAUUUGUUACAACCAAUGAACCUGCAUGCGCAUUACUACUAUUCAAAGUCCAUAGUUUACAUUGUGGUUUACUUUUGGUGUUGUAUAUUCUGUACAUGUUGACUAAUGUCUGAUGGUUGGUAUGUAUCAGCCAUUUUAGUAUCAUACAGAAUGCCCUAAAAAUCCUCUGUGCUCUGCCUCUGCUUCUCUUCCCAUUUCUUGAACCCUGGCAACCACUGAAUUUUUACUAUCUCUGUAGUUUUGCCUUCUCCAGAAUGUCAUAUGGUUGGAAUCACACAGUGUAUAGUCUUUUCAGAUUGACUCCUUUCUCUUAAAUACUAUGCAUUUAAGUUUCCUCCUUGUCUUUUCAUGGCUUGAUAGCCCAUUUCUUUUAUGCGCUGAAUAGUUUUCCAUUGUUUAGUUGUAUGUACCAUACUUUGUCCUUUUACCUGCUGAAGUACAUCUUGAUUGCUUCCAGGUUUUGGAAGUUAUGAAUAAAGUUGCUAUAAACAUUCAUGUGCAAGCGAUUCUUUGGACAAAGGGUAUCAACUAUGGGAUUCCUUGGUAAAUACCAAGACACUUGAUUGCUAGAUCACAUGGUGAACUGGCACAGAGGUUGAUCUCAAGAUGCCAUUAGUGAAAAGAAACAUCGAUCCUAGGCACUUGUGCCACACAGCGCUGCCUAGAGGAAUUAAGAAUGAACUGGAAUGUGUGACCAAUAUUUCUUUGGCAAACAUAAUUAGACAGCUAAGUAGCCUGAGUAAAUAUGCUGAAGAUAUUUUUGGAGAAUUAUUCAAUGAAGCACAUAGUUUUUCCUUCAGAGUUAACUCAUUACAAGAACGUGUGGACCGUUUAUCUGUUAGUGUUACACAGCUUGAUCCUAAAGAAGAAGAAUUGUCUUUGCAAGAUAUAACAAUGAGAAAAGCUUUCCGAAGUUCUACAAUUCAAGAUCAGCAGCUUUUUGACCGCAAGACUUUGCCCAUUCCGUUACAAGAAACAUAUGAUGUUUGUGAACAGCCUCCACCUCUCAAUAUACUCACUCCUUACAGAGAUGAUGGUAAAGAAGGUUUGAAGUUUUAUACCAAUCCUUCAUAUUUCUUUGAUCUGUGGAAAGAAAAAAUGUUACAAGAUACAGAGGAUAAGAGGAAAGAAAAGAGGAAGCAGAAGGUAUUACAAGAAAUACAAAAAAUUGAACAGAAAAAUCUAGAUCGUCCUCAUGAACCAGAAAAAGUGCCAAGAGCACCUCAUGACAGGCGGAGAGAAUGGCAGAAGCUGGCCCAAGGUCCAGAGCUCGCUGAAGAUGAUGCUAAUCUCUUACAUAAGCAUAUUGAAGUUGCUAAUGGCCCAGCCUCUCAUUUUGAAACAAGACCUCAGACAUAUGUGGAUCAUAUGGAUGGAUCUUAUUCACUUUCUGCCUUGCCAUUUAGUCAGAUGAGUGAGCUUCUGACUAGAGCUGAGGAAAGGGUCUUGGUCAGACCACAUGAACCACCUCCACCUCCACCAAUGCAUGGAGCAGGAGAUGCAAAACCCAUACCCACCUGUAUCAGUUCUGCUACAGGUUUGAUAGAAAAUCGUCCUCAGUCACCAGCUACAGGCAGGACACCUGUGUUUGUGAGCCCUACCCCCCCACCUCCUCCACCACCUCUUCCAUCUGCCUUGUCAACUUCUUCCUUAAGAGCUUCAAUGACUUCAACUCCUCCCCCACCAGUACCUCCCCCACCUCCACCUCCAACCACUGCUUUGCAAGCUCCAGCAGUACCACCACCUCCAGCUCCUCUUCAGAUUGCCCCUGGAGUUCUUCACCCAGCUCCUCCUCCAAUUGCACCUCCUCUAGUUCAGCCCUCUCCACCGGUAGCUAGAGCCGCCCCAGUAUGCGAGACUGUACCAGUUCAUCCACUCCCACAAGGAGAAGUCCAGGGGCUGCCUCCACCCCCACCACCGCCUCCUCUGCCUCCACCUGGCAUUCGACCAUCCUCACCUGUCACAGUUGCAGCUCUUGCUCAUCCUCCCUCUGGGCUACAUCCAACUCCAUCUACUGCCCCAGGUCCCCAUGUUCCAUUAAUGCCUCCAUCUCCUCCAUCACAAGUUAUACCUGCUUCUGAGCCAAAGCGUCAUCCGUCAACCCUACCUGUAAUCAGUGACGCCAGGAGUGUACUUCUGGAAGCAAUACGAAAAGGUAUUCAGCUACGAAAAGUUGAAGAACAGCGUGAACAGGAAGCUAAACAUGAACGCAUUGAAAAUGACGUUGCCACCAUCCUGUCUCGCCGUAUUGCUGUGGAAUAUAGUGAUUCAGAAGAUGAUUCAGAAUUUGAUGAAGUAGAUUGGUUGGAGUAAGAAAAAAAUGCAUUGAUAAAUAUUACAAAACUGAAUGCAAAUGUCCUUUGUGGUGCUUGUUCUUUGAAAAUGUUUGGUCAUUCCAGUGUUUUGCUUUCUUUUCCUUAAGGUAAAUAACCCUUUUCCUCCAUAAUUUUUGAUUUCUAAGGAAAUUACUAGCAUACAUUUCAAACUAAAUGUUUUACAGUGGCUUAUCUUUUUUUUUUAUUUUUUUCCCUGAAAAGACAUAAUUUGGUCAAAUAAACCACUAAGUAUUAAGCAUGGACAGCUGUUGUUAGAGUAGCAGAUUCAGUUUUUUGAUAUAUCUUAAUUGUGCACUUUGUGAAUUUUAAUUUAAAGAAAGCAACUGAGAUUAAAAAUCUUGAGGGCAGCUGUAUCUAUUAAUGAGCCUUAUUCCAUUUCCUGACGUUUUAAAAGAAGAAACACUGCCUUGAUUAUAUGAAUACACACAGAAAGUACAUUUAGCUUGUAGUAUUGAAUUCUCUUAAAGGAAUGCUUGAAUUUUUUUUAAUUACUGUUUUAUUGUUUUUAAAUACUUGCCUUAUUUGAAUGUUUAGCAGUCCCCUUCCUACUUAUAUAUUGUGUGGUACAAUUUUGCUUGCCUAUAAGAGUUUAAAAAAUUUCCAUGUGAAAUACUCUUGACAUAAACCAUGUAACUUACAUAACUGUUAAGAAUAACAGUCUGAUUUAAUAAAUGGUUCAUUUUAAAGGCU